AUGGUACUGACCCUGUUCCAGCUCCGGGUGGCACUCUACAUCGCUGCUUCUCUGGGCUACCUGGACCUGGCCGGCUGGCUGCUGGAGAGGGGGGUGCGUGUCAUUGAGCCGGUGGGGGUUCACCCUUACCGUGAGUGGUGCCACCAGACGGCCCACCGCGACGUCGCCAAGUGUCCCGCUGUCGCCUCCAUCGAGCGCGGCCAGCUCACCAUCCUCAAACUCUUUAUCGCCAGCAGCGUUCUGACCCUUGCCUGUCGGGAUCCCCAGGGUCGUGACCCCCUGAGGAUCGCCCUUCAGUACGGCCACAGGGAGUGUGUGAGUCACCUGGCCACCAAGCUGUGCUCUGUGGUGGUCCUCCCAGGUAUGGCCCUGCCCAUGCGGACAUACCUCCAGAUAAAGGGCUGGGUGAGGCUGGGGCAGAGGAGGACAGCAUCCAGGCACUGCAUGGGCCUCAACAGGGCUCCGUUCAGGACCAGGGAUGGCUUCACCCUCCCCAAGAUGUCCUCCAAGCCCAGGAGGAGUGAGGCCAAGGCGGGUAUCAGGGUGAUGUCCACAGCCUCUCGACGUUUGACCCCCAUCAACUGCCCAUCUCAUGUAUCCUGCCCGCUCCGCGCCCUGGCAUCCCAGGAUAAACCUCUUCAACAACCGAAGCUACACCCUGUGGCCACGAGGGAUGAAAGAGAGAAGAAGAGGGGAUGUGGAGGGAAGGGAUGUGAGGAGGAUGAGAUUGGGGAUCAGAACAGCAACCAAUGGAGGAGCAGAGUUCCGCUCCCGCCCAUUUCUAGAGACACCAAUCUCAGACCUGUGUUUGCCUCGCCAAACUCCGCCCAGAUACUCACCACCUCACUGGAGGCCUUUUCUCUCCACUGCGACCGCACACCCGGAGAAAACGCCAUAUACUGUUUGGCCUUGGCCAGGUUAGUCCAAGUUUAAAUGACAGCUACGGUGAAUAUGAAUAUUUCUCUGGAGGUUUCUUAUGGAAGGUGUGAAUACUGUCAGAAGAAGCCUCCUAUAAUCAGUGGGGGGGGGGACACAUGUAAAAGCUGUUUACACACUUUUUAUAUUAUUUUGUUCAAGCAUUUACCCACCUUUUGUGGAAGAUGCAUUGAGAGUAUAGGGAGCGUUACUUCUUUAAUCCUGAAAGGCAAUCAGCAUUUACCAGUCAAUGGUUCUACACCCAAGUCAUUAGACUGCUGAGUAGCUUCUACCCCCAAGCCAUUAGACUGCUGAACAGCUUCUACCCCAAGCCAUUAGACUGCUGAACAGCUUCUGCCCCCAAGUCAUUAGACUGCUGAACAGCUUCUACCCCAAGCCAUUAGACUGCUGAACAGCUUCUACCCCAAGCCAUUAGACUGCUGAACAGCUUCUACCCCCAAGUCAUUAGACUGCUGAACAGCUUCUACCCCCAAGCCAUCAGACUGCUGAACAGCUUCUACCCCCAAGUCAUCAGACUGCUGAACGGUAAUUAAAUCGCCACCUGUACUAUUUGCAUUGACCCCCUUUGUUAUUGAUGUAUUUUUCUAAUUGUUUUCCACGGACUCUCUUGAAUUGGCUCGAUGCACACUCACUACACUCUACCCACACAUUCACUGUGACACUGACCGACUUUCACACUAGCUGCUGCUACUGUGUUUAUUAUCUAUCCUGAUUGCCCAGUCACUUUUACCCUUACCUACAUGUACAUACUGUAUUACCUCGACUACCUCGCACCCAUGCACAUUGACUCGGUACUGGUACUCCUUGUAUAUAGCCUUGUUAUUGUGUUACUAUUUACAAAAUAUGUUCUUACUUUUUAACUCUGCA